AUCUCUCAUCGGUUUUGAUAUUCAAGAAACUCAGGGUAAUAUUGGAGACCUGGAUAUCAUAGUGAAAAUAGAUGAGUCAAAGUUCAGUAGACAAAAAUAUAAUUAUAGCCAUCGUGUUGAGAGA